AAUCACCAUGUGAGCUCCGUCACGUCCCUCAGUGAUGACUCUGGCUUCUCUGGACUGCCGCACACCAGCAGCUCCAUCAGCAGUGGGGACAGCAGUCGCCUGGGGCCGUGCAAGUUUGAGUUCGAACUGGUGGAGAGUGACGGUGAGUUUGACUCCUUGGACAACUGCUCGGAUGGCGGGAUGAGUGCUGAGAACUUCAACACACUGAAGAAGGGACCGUUGGCACCAAUCGAUCCACCCCCUGAAUUUCAGGAUUCGCCACAGACCACACUAUUGCGAUCGCCUAUCAUUCAGGACUUUGCCAGCAGCCUCACAGAGGAUAUCAUCACGGAAGCUGCUGUGGCGUGCUCCAGGCUGCAGCUGGAAGAGCCUCUAAGUGACUAUUAUGCUCAGUUCGACACGCUGAAAAAGCCUCUGCGGGUCCGAACACCGCAAAUCUACGCCAGUGACACGGUUCUCAACACUUACGAGGACAACAUCUACGACGAACCCAAUACAUCUGACCUGGAGACAGCCCAAGGGUAUCUGCUGGUGCCCAACCGUCCCAGGACAGACUGUGGCAGUUGCUACCGUCGGCGGACGCCGCCCAAAUCCACCUUGUACAGCCCACUGCAUCAUACAAGUGGCCAAAGACCCAAUUCUCGAAAUUCCCUCACCAGCCGCUUGUCCAGCAGCCACAACAGCCUCAGUAUGAGUGCUUCCAAGGCGGAUGACAGCAGCUUCAUCACCCAAGCCAUGUCCCACGACGCUCUCACUGGUCGUGAGAUCUCUGACUUCUACAAUGUGCCAAUGGACUCGGACAUGUACGCACUGCCCAUCGACAUGGUGCGUCCGGAGAAGACAGCAGCAGAGCCCAAGAGCGGUGGCAAGGGGCGCAAUCGCCUGAAGUACAUGCGGAAUAACAAGAAACGCCGGAAAGGCGGAGAGGAGAAGGUGAGGAGUGCCUCAAAGGCCUCCAAAGCGACUGAUAAGCGUCACAGUGUGCCCGAGAGCUGCAUCCAGCCAGACUCAAAACGUCUCCUGCACAGUCUCUAUGCCAAUUCCAGUGACUCAAGUGAGACCACCACUCGAAGGCCUCGUGGCACGCCGUGGGGAAAGAUGAAGUGUUCAGAAACGAGUGUUCAACUGUCAGGGCAUUCUCAAGUCCUGGCUGGAAGUACAGCGACCAAGAAUACUCCGCAAGCUAGCACAGCAAAGACAGUGGCAAAGAAAGCGAGCAGUGAGAAUGUUCUGAAUAACACUUUGAGCGGAAAGAUGGGAAAAUUCUCUACUCAUCAGCACAAGAAAACACAAUUCUCCAUUCAUUUGAAUCUCAAGCAGAAGUUCUGUAGCAUCUUCCGCUUCAGGAAGUCACAGCAGAAGCAGGCCAAUCGCAGUGGCAUCCACAAUAAUAAUCACGGGGAGAAUUGGGACUACGAAGCGCAAUCUAAUGGCACAGCGAAAGAGUCCAAGAAGAUCAUUCUGAGAGCACUGCCGCCACUUCCUGGUCGAGAUUCAGCAGAAACAACAAAUGCGGCCAAUGAGACGGGAAAUGUGAGUGAGGAGGAAAGUUCUGUGGACGAUGGACUCGUGAAGAUGGACUUUACCUCGAGCAUUGAAAAGAUAAAGCAGUACGGCUGGUAUUGGGGCCCAAUUUCUAGUGAGGCGGCCGAGAGGAUUCUGUCAAACGAACCGGAUGGCAGUUUCAUCGUAAGGGACAGUUCGGAUGAUCACUACAUCUUCUCGCUCACGUUCAAGCUGAACCGAUGCGUGAGACACGUGAGGAUUGAACAGGAUCAGGGCACUUUCUCCUUUGGCUCCUUCGCCAAGUUCAAAUCGCGCACAAUUGUGGAGUUUAUCGAAAAGGCAGUGGAGCAUUCACGGAGUGGAAGGUAUCUUUUCUUCUUGCAUCGAAGACCAGAACAUGGACCAAUGCGUGUGCAAUUAACGAAUCCCGUGUCUAGAUUUAAGCAUGUACAAAGUUUACAACACAUGUGCAGAUUUGUAAUUCUAAAGGCUGUUGUAAGGAAGGACUUGAUCCCAACUCUGCCUCUUCCUAGAAGGGUCAUAGACUAUUUGAGCUACAAGAAUGUCUACUCGGAACAAGUUGAGAGCGAUAGUUCGACGUCUCAGGCUUCAAAUGGUCCAUCGUGAAAUUGCUCUGAAUGAAGAAUUAUCGACAAUUGAUGAGGAUAAAUGGAAGCAUAAAAUUGCAUGAAAUCAUUUUAGGUGCUACUUUUUAAAUUGAUGUUGAUAAAGAGAGAAUGUGAAGAAAAAUCUGUAGAGAACUUCUCAAGAAGAUCAUUUGCAAUACCAAAAUGUUUCAUUGGAAUCAUUGAAAUGCUUUUAGUUGUAAUGUUGUUGGUUUUUUCGUUUUAAUGAGAAUAAGAGAAAUAAUACUACAUAAUAAUAGGCAUAGACAAAAAAAAGGCAUUUUAGGAUGAUAAAGAAAUAAUUGAAGUGCAUCUUUUAAAUGUAAAUUUGAUGUUUUUAUUAACAGUAAAUGUGUCGGUGUCUUUUGUACGAAAUGAUAUUGAGAUGAGGAUUAUGAGAAGGAUACAGGAAUUUAUCAUUGAAUUAUGUAUAUUCAUAUUGUACCUUUUCUCACUUUUAUGAUAGAGCAAUCAAACCUCUUCGUGAAGGCAAAAUUCUCAUAGGAAAGCAAAUCUUGCAACCAUAAUGCGUUUUUAUACUUUUGUAAUGUACUGUGAGUACCGAAAUUUGGUGAACAUCUCUAAAAUGGGAAGGAAGAGUUUUUGAAAUCUGAUUGUGAUAGUUGAGUAUGUUAAAUUCUAUGCAUAUUUCUCAAUCUACCGUCUCAAAGAAUGAAGGGAAAAUUCAGUGAAAAUUUUGUAAAUAUUGAUUAUUUCAAAUACUAGUCGGUCUGAGAUGAAUUCUCUCCAUCCUUAUUUUGCCCACUUUUCCCACUCAAUGUGAGCAGAAAAUGAUGAAAAUGGUCAAUUUAUGCAAUUUACAGAUAUGAAAUGCUUAGAAAUCAUUAAUUUUGGCCCGAAAAUCCUCAAAAUAUGCUAAUAAAAUUACGUACAUUUCAAGAA